AUGAACGGUGCCGGCCCUACCGAAGAGAUCGAUCUCUACGCCAUUCUCGGUGUCGAGAAGGAUGCCUCUCAAGCAGAUAUCAGAAAAGCGUAUCGAAAGGCCGCUCUCGCACACCACCCUGACAAAGUUGCCCCCGAACAGCGCGAAGAGGCCGAAGUUCGUUUCAAGGCUGCCUCCCAAGCCUACGAAAUCCUUUAUGACGACGAAAAGCGACACCUCUACGAUGCCCAUGGCAUGGCUGCUUUUGAUGGCUCAAGAGGACCUGGAGGUAUGGGUGGAGAAGUCAACAUGGAGGAUAUUCUGAACAUGUUUGGUAUGGGAGGAGGUAUACCAGGAAUGGGUGGCAUGGGUGGCAUGGGUGGUGGUGGGCCUCGCAAAAUGCGCCGCUCUCCAGAUGAGAACCAGAAAUACGAAGUCACUCUGGAAGAUCUGUACAAGGGCAAGACGGUCAAAUUCUCCUCCACCAAAAAUGUCAUCUGCUCCAAAUGCACCGGUACUGGUGGUGCUGACAAGGCCAAACCAAAAGAAUGUUCGGCUUGCAAAGGUCAGGGCGUCAAACAAGUCUUGAGUCAGGUUGGCCCCGGCAUGUUGACCCAACGGAUGGUCGAGUGUGGUGCCUGCGAAGGUACAGGACAGGUCUUCAAUCCCAAAGACAAAUGCAAAAAAUGUAAAGGCAAGCGAACUGUGGAGGAGAAGAAACAACUUGAACUCUACAUUCCACGCGGGGCACGAGAGGGUGACCAGAUUCGUCUAGAAGGCGAAGCCGACCAGAUUCCCGGUGCUGAACAGACCGGAGACAUUGUCUUUCACCUGGUGGAACUGCCACAUGAAACUUUCCAGCGCACAGGUAAUGAUCUCUCGGCCAAGUUGGAGAUUUCUCUGGCCGAGGCUUUGACCGGCUUCCGCCGUGUAGUGUUGAAACACCUUGAUGGUCGUGGUAUUGAACUUAACCACCCUCAAACUCCCGGUCAAAUUCUACGUCCUGGAGAGGUUCUCAAGGUCCACGGGGAAGGUAUGCCAUUGAAAAAGACCGAUCACAAAGGCGACCUGUACCUUGUCAUCGAGAUUUUGUUCCCCGAAGAUGGCUUCUUUACCGACCCUGCAGCUUUGGACAGCCUGCAGAAAUUGCUGCCCCCUCCACCAGAGGCCGUCGAAGCAGAGGAGACAGACGAAGUCAGCUUCGAGGUUGCCGAUAUUGAUGAUAUUGGUGGUGAUGAAGCACCAAACCAGUGGGAGGAUGAGGAUGGCCCACAACAAGCACAAUGUCAGACACAGUAA